AAAUUAAAUAACCUUAAAAAGAUAAGGGUUUUAUUUACGAUCGUAAAUAAUAAUUAAGUUAUGAAUACCGUUUAUGCAAGCUUCAUGCAUUGAAUAUAUAAAAUAAUUUUUAUAAGCUCUCAGUGGUGUCUACAGUGUAUAUAAAACUUUAUGUAUGCUAAAGUGGAAGGCAAAUACAAAAAUUUAUUAUAAAACAAAUAUUGCAAAUUCUAAUUUAAAAAUAAUGGAUGGUUCUGAUAGCAGUGGAAUUGAUACCCUAAAAAAGGGUAAUAUUAUUACAGAUUCGAAACGGAGUUCUUUAAAAGUAACUUAUGAGAAAACUUCAUGUUAUUUUUGUAAUGAAUGGUUGGAUACACAAACUUUUAAGGAACACAUAAUCCAUUGCGGACAAGUAUUAGAGAAAUGCCCACAAUCAUGUGAAGUUUAUGUACAGCGAAAAAGAAUGAGAAAUCAUUUAAGAGAAUGUCCGAAAGUAAUAAAACGAAAUUCUUCAACAAAUAUUUCAACAAAUGAAAAUCAAAAUGAGACUACAGAAUUCAUUAAUCGAAUAUCAGUUCUUGAACAAGAUAUAAAUGCACUUAGAUCAGUUCUUAAUGAGGAAAUCAAACAGAGACUUCAUCUUAUUACAGAUGUCGGUAGUUUAAGGAAACAUAAUCAAAUUUCGGAUGAAUGGACACAGAAAGUUGGAGAUGUGUUAUUUAAUAUGAAACGAUGUAUAAAUGAGGAAGCUUCUUUUCGUACUAGUGAAAUUAAUAGAUUAAAUGAUGAAAUAUCAAAAUUAUUACAUGAAAAUCAUGAUUUAAAACGUUACAACAUGAAUUUGUCAAGACGUUUAGAUGAAGUACAAAAUAUUUUAAGUGAUGAGGAAAAUUUUCGACAAAAUUUCUUAUCUUUGACUGAAGAUGGCAGAAAUAAUGCUAUAGAAAAUCAGACAUCAUUAAAAAAUGAAAUUGAUGCAAUUCUGAAUAAAAUAUCUAUGAUGAGCUUUCAUAAUGAAAAUAAUCAUAUGCUAAUUACGGAAAAUAUAACAAGUAUAGAAAAUCAAAUAUCACAACAAGAGGCUACAUUUUGGUCAAAAAUUCAAAAAGUUGAAGAAAUUCUCAAUGAAAUACAAGCAAAUUUACAAACAAAAUUCAUUUCAAACACAGAAUUAAACACAAAACAAAUAAAUUUAGAUUAUGAGGUGAAAAGUAUGAAAAAUAUUGUAUGUGAAACUGAAGAAAAAUGUGAAAAAUUAGAAAAAAUAGUUUAUAAUGUAGAAAAAGCUAUACAAAGAACUCAUCAAGGUUUAUUAGAUUUAGAAGGUCAUUUAUUGUAUCAAAAGAAAAUGGUUGCAAUUCAAAAUACAAGAGGUCAUUUAAUAUGGAGAUUAAGCGAAUAUACACAAAGAUUUGAGGAGGCACGGAAAUUUGAUGGUAGCAUUCAGGGACCACUAUUUACUAAUAAACCAUUUGGAUAUACGCUUAGGCUUGAUGUCUUUUUAAAUGGUAUCGGUAAUUGGAAAGGUCGAAAUAUUAUAGCAUGUUUAAAUGUAAUACCAGGAGAAUUCGAUACAUUACUUUCAUGGCCAUGUAAAUUACAAGCAGAUAUUAUAUUAAAAGAUCAAACUUAUAAUGAAGAUUCAUCACAGGAUUAUAUUAGACAGACUAUUGUAAAAAGGAAAAAUGAUGAUUUUCAUAGUAAUCAAUAUAUACAUAUACCGCAUAAAAUAGUUGAAAGUCGAAAUUAUAUAAAAAAUGAUUCUAUUGUAUUUGAAAUUAGAGUCCAAAAAAUAAAAUAGAAUA